CUGCACCUUCAGAACCCAACUCAACUAUGUGAAAGACUGAUUGAUGGCCAUCACCACCCUCGUUGCUUUCCUUAACAGAUCCAUAUAUUGAACCUAUCCGAUCUUUCCUAUUCCAUUUCCACCAUGUCCACUCCUUGACUCCACUUGACCAUCCCAUCCGAACCCAUCCCAUCCCAUUCCACCCUGAACACCCCAACUCCCCUCCAGAACAUACCUCCAUCCCCAACCCACCCCAGACACAGAUUCAAGUCAAUAAAAAUAAAGAAAAAGAAAGAAAAGAAAUGCCCUCCCCUUUAACAACCACCUUCAUCCAAUCGACCAUUCUAAACGCCAUCGCCAACAUCCUGGCCCAGAUAAUAGAUCAUCACCGGAAAUCCAAAUCCUCAUUCACCAUAAACACACCCGCCGUCCUCCAAUUCAUCAUCUACGGUAUCCUCAUCGUACCCAUAAACUUCAUAUGGCAGCGAUAUCUAGAAGACAAGUUUCCGGGGGCUUUAUUGUUCAGGAGAGCGCCUACUACCACCACCACCACCACCACCUCUCCAAAUCGGAGAAACAAAAAUGAAAGAAACGGGGAAGUAUACAUCUCCAUUCCUCUUUCCACUAACAGCACCGGCACGCUGAAAGAAAAACCCUUCCUGCCUCAACGAAGACUUGGGGCUAGCAGAGCAGGAGGAAGAGGCUGGUACAACUUCCUCAUGAAAUUCCUCCUCGAUCAGAGUAUCGGCAGCGUGAUGAAUAUCGUGUUGUUUGUGGUGUUGAUUAAUUUGCUUAAGGGGGUGAGGGUUGUCGAGGUGGUGAGGUUGGUGGAGAUUGACUUCAAACCUAUUAUGAUAGCGAGACUUAAGUAUCGGCCUCUUGUGUCGAUGCUUAUGUAUACCGUUGUGCCGGUGGAUCGACGCGUGGUGUUUGGGAGUGCCUGUGGGGUUAUUUGGGGGGUGUAUUUGAGUUUGUAUGCUGUUGUUUAGAUUCCUUUUUUACUUUCUUGGUAUUUUGUUGUUGUCUUUGGUUGAUGUGGUUUGGGGUUGUGUUGGUCGUGGACAGCAGGUCAAGUGUUGUCUGGUCUAUCUAUUGGUCUAUCUUUCUGUUUGCUUAUCUGUCCGCUUGGUCUGGUUUGCUGUGGGCUUGACAGCUUCAUAUACUCUCUUG